UUUAAAGGGGUACUUGACGAUACGUCACUCAUCCCUAUGCUCUUUUGCCUAUUAUUAUCACUAUCAUUACCAUCUUGAUUGAUACUGUGAUGUCUUCUGGUGAUUCUGAUACCUCUAUUGCAUCUAAUGCUUCUAUUACUUCUAUACGCAGCUGUAUAGUAGUUGAGGUCCACCCAGAAGACCUUACUGCUGCCUGUAAUACAGACUGUACGCCCGAGCGCUGUGACGCAGCUACAGUCCGGCCCCACGAACCUCCGGCAACUCAGCAUGGUCCUCCGGGCUCCUUCCGACCCUUCAACGUGCCGGCCCGGGCCCAAGAGAUACGGGGGCUACCGGCAAGCCCGCUUGAACUGUUCCUCCAAUACGUUCCGCAGAGCCUCGUAGAGCAGUGGGCCCAGUGGACGAAUACAGCACCGUUGUCUAGGGAGGGCCCUAGGGCUAGACGGGCUACAGACAAAAGGAAUACCUCUAUUCCAUGGGAACAGCAUAGGAAGGGAUCAAGAAAGGUAUCUUAACCUUGUACCUAUUGUGGUAAUAGGAAGGCUUUAAAGGAGAUAUCUGGGAAUGCCAUCGCUCGGCAACGACGGCAGACAACUCGAAAGGGCUGCUUAGAUUGUAAUGUACCGUUAUGUAUUAGCAAAGAUUGCUGGUACCUCUGGCACACCCAAUAUUUAUAGGAAAUAGAGGUACUGCAGCCCUAUUGGUUAACUUAAUAAAUUUGCAAGCCCUUAUUGGCUCUACCCCGCCCUUGGCGAAAGUGCUGUCCAUCAGCACCCGAUGGGAUAGUACC